GGGUCGAGAGGCGGAACCGGAAGUGCUUGUGAAAUGUAGCGAUGUAGGUCAGCGGGUUGUUUUUUGGAGUUUUUGCUGUGUUUAGCUUUCCUCCGGACGUGUUGGUUUUGCGCGAGUGCCAUGGGGGAAGCAGAGAAGUUUCACUACAUCUACAGUUGUGAUCUGGACAUCAACGUGCAGCUUAAGAUAGGAAGCUUGGAAGGGAAGAGAGAACAAAAGAGUUAUAAAGCUGUCCUAGAAGAUCCAAUGUUGAAGUUUUCAGGGUUAUACCAAGAUACAUGCUCUGACCUUUAUGUUACGUGUCAAGUUUUUGCAGAAGGAAAGCCUCUGGCCUUGCCGGUGAGAACAUCUUACAAGGCAUUUAGUACAAGAUGGAACUGGAAUGAAUGGCUGAGACUACCCGUGAAAUACCCCGAUCUACCCAGGAAUGCCCAAGUGGCCCUGACCAUAUGGGAUGUGUAUGGACCAGGAAAAGCAGUGCCUGUGGGAGGAACAACAGUUUCACUUUUUGGAAAGUAUGGUAUGUUUCGCCAAGGAAUGCAUGACUUGAAAGUCUGGCCCAAUGUGGAAGCAGAUGGAUCAGAGCCCACAAAAACUCCUGGCAGAACAAGCAGUACUCUGUCAGAAGAUCAGAUGAGCCGCCUUGCCAAGCUCACCAAAGCUCAUCGACAGGGACACAUGGUGAAAGUGGAUUGGCUGGACAGAUUGACGUUCAGAGAAAUAGAAAUGAUUAAUGAGAGUGAAAAACGAAGUUCUAAUUUCAUGUACUUGAUGGUUGAGUUUCGAUGUGUCAAGUGUGAUGAUAAGGAGUAUGGUAUUGUUUAUUAUGAAAAGGAUGGUGAUGAGUCAUCUCCAAUUUUAACAAGCUUUGAAUUAGUGAAAGUUCCUGACCCUCAGAUGUCUAUGGAGAAUUUAGUUGAGAGCAAACAUCACAAGCUUGCCCGGAGUCUAAGAAGUGGACCUUCUGAUCAUGAUCUCAAACCCAAUGCUGCUACACGAGAUCAGCUAAAUAUUAUUGUGAGUUAUCCACCAACUAAGCAACUUACAUAUGAAGAACAAGAUCUUGUUUGGAAAUUUAGAUAUUAUCUCACUAAUCAAGAAAAAGCAUUGACAAAAUUCUUGAAAUGUGUUAAUUGGGAUCUACCUCAAGAGGCCAAGCAGGCCUUGGAACUUCUGGGGAAGUGGAAGCCAAUGGAUGUAGAAGAUUCUCUGGAGCUGUUAUCCUCUCAUUACACCAAUCCAACAGUGAGGCGUUACGCUGUGGCCCGAUUGCGACAGGCUGAUGAUGAGGAUUUAUUGAUGUACUUGUUACAACUGGUCCAGGCUCUCAAGUACGAAAAUUUUGAUGACAUAAAGAAUGGGUUGGAACCUACAAAGAAGGAUAAUCAAGGCUCAGUGUCAGAGAGUGUGUCAAAUUCCGGAAUAAAUUCUACAGAUAUCGAUAGCUCCCAAAUUAUAACCAGCUCUAUUCCUUCUGUGUCCUCCCCUCCUGCUGCAUCUAAAACGAAAGAAGUCUCAGAUGGUGAAAAUCUGGAGCAAGAUCUGUGCACCUUCUUGAUUUCAAGAGCCUGCAAGAACUCAACACUGGCUAAUUAUUUAUACUGGUAUGUUAUAGUGGAAUGUGAAGAUCAAGAUACUCAGCAGAGAGAUCCAAAGACCCAUGAGAUGUAUUUGAAUGUAAUGAGAAGAUUCAGCCAAGCAUUGCUGAAGGGUGAUAAAUCUGUCAGAGUUAUGCGUUCUUUGCUGGCUGCUCAACAGACAUUUGUAGAUCGGUUGGUGCAUCUAAUGAAAGCAGUGCAGCGUGAAAGUGGAAAUCGUAAGAAAAAGAAUGAGAGACUACAGGCAUUGCUUGGAGAUAAUGAAAAGAUGAAUUUGUCAGAUGUGGAACUUAUCCCGUUACCUUUAGAACCCCAGGUGAAAAUUAGAGGGAUAAUCCCUGAGACAGCUACACUAUUUAAGAGUGCCCUGAUGCCUGCACAGUUGUUCUUUAAGACAGAAGAUGGAGGCAAAUAUCCAGUUAUAUUUAAGCAUGGAGAUGAUUUACGCCAAGAUCAACUUAUUCUUCAAAUCAUUUCACUUAUGGAUAAGCUAUUACGGAAAGAAAAUUUGGAUUUGAAACUGACACCAUAUAAAGUAUUAGCCACUAGCACAAAACAUGGCUUCAUGCAGUUUAUCCAGUCAGUUCCUGUUGCUGAAGUUCUUGAUACAGAAGGAAGCAUUCAGAACUUUUUUAGAAAAUAUGCACCAAGUGAGAAUGGGCCCAACGGGAUAAGUGCUGAGGUCAUGGACACUUACGUUAAAAGCUGUGCUGGAUAUUGUGUGAUUACAUAUAUACUUGGAGUUGGAGACAGACACCUGGAUAACCUUUUGCUGACAAAAACAGGAAAACUCUUCCACAUAGACUUUGGAUAUAUUUUGGGUCGAGAUCCAAAGCCUCUUCCUCCUCCAAUGAAGCUGAAUAAAGAAAUGGUAGAAGGAAUGGGGGGCACACAGAGUGAACAGUACCAGGAGUUCCGUAAACAGUGUUACACAGCUUUUCUCCACCUCAGGAGGUAUUCAAAUUUGAUUUUGAAUUUGUUUUCUCUGAUGGUUGACGCAAACAUUCCAGAUAUUGCUCUUGAACCAGAUAAAACUGUUAAAAAGGUUCAGGAUAAAUUCCGUUUAGACCUGUCGGAUGAGGAGGCGGUGCAUUACAUGCAGAGUCUGAUUGAUGAAAGUGUCCACGCGCUGUUCGCCGCAGUUGUAGAACAGAUUCACAAGUUUGCCCAGUACUGGAGAAAAUGAAGCUGGGUUUGGCCUCUCAAGAUGUUCGUCUCAAUUAAGAAAUCCACAUUGGAAGCUACUUAUGUAUAAGGACUUCAGAGUAACAAGGAGGAAAAAACAUAAUCUUCAAGAUACCCUAUUUCCUAAAUUUUUACACAGUGCCUAAAGUCCCAUGUCCUUGGAUUGCUUAUAUAUGGUCUUGAAGGGUUUAUUUUGACAUAUUGUAUAUAUUUGUUUUCAAAUGUAUGAAUUGUUAAUAACUUAAGAAGCCUAUUCCAGAAUUAUGUACAUAUUAUUAGAGCUCUGGAUAAAUUUCAUGUUGAAAUAGUAAAAUAUUUUAGUCUUUUGAGUCAUUGAUUUCUCAUAUCCGUAAAACAGGACAGCAGUUAUAUCAAUCUGGGUUAAUUUCCAUUUACAAUUUUUUUUUCUUCUUCCCUUCCUUCCCUUUUUCUCUCCCCUCCUUUUAUUUAUUUAUUUUUUGCCAAAUUUACACACUUAAACUUUUACCUAAUUUUAUCCUUUAUUAUAUGCUGUAUAUUUUUUUUUCUUUGCAGUUACAGAACUAUUUUGAGGGAGCCUUUGUCUAUAGGGGUGGUCAGGGGGAUCCCACUGACAGCGGACUCCACAGAGUGCUGGACAUGUGUGGUCCAAGCACAGAACCUGUGUACAUGGUGUUCUGGCAAUACUGAGCAGCUGGGUGGGCGGAAACAGAUGUAUACAAGGACUCAACAAUAUUGGGACAAUUUUCCCAAUAUGUAGACAGGCAGACAGAAGGCUUACCAUGUAAGGGAAAAAUUAUUUACAUUCUAAAAAGAUACUUUCUGUUAUUUACAAAUACUAUUUUUUUCCUGAAAACUGUAAUUCUCCCAGAUUGUAAGUAUGUAAAGUAGAAUAUAAAAGUGUAGCUUUCUGAAUAACUGGCCAAAAGGUAGAAGACUAAAGAUUUUAUUAUUAAGCAUAUUUUUACAUACUCAGGACAGUAUAAAUUAUCUUUGCAAUAAAUCCUUUUUUUGGUGUAAA